UACCACGAGCAGCGCGUUUAAUUAGAACUUACACUUCCGAGGAUCUGGCGUUCCAUUCUAUACUGCCGACCAAUGAAAGAUAGGCCUCAGGAAGAGUGGGAGGAGCAUGCAUAUAAUUAAGUGUGUGUAUGUAUUUGGAUUGGAGUUCUUUUCCAACCCUAAACUCAUUGUAUGGUUAACGUGUAGUUGCAAAGUAGUGAGAUGGGAGCCUUUGCAGAGUGCAGCUGGUAUUCUCUGGUUUUAUGCAGCAUCGGUUCCGUUACGGUUGUGUAUUACCUGCUAAAGUGGUCGUGGCUGUUUUGGCAUGGAUUCAAAGUGUAUGUGCUUUCUGAGAUUUGGCAAACGAACCUGAGGAAAUAUGGUCAAUGGGCAGUUGUAACUGGAGCAACAUCAGGGAUUGGCCGUGCAUAUGCUGAAGAGCUUGCCAAACGAGGAUUAGACAUUGUUCUGAUCAGUCGCUCAGAGGACAAGCUUUGCAGUGUUGCCAAAGAAAUAGAGUCUCGGUACAAGCGGCAGACACAUGUGAUUCAGGCAGACUUCACAGAGGGCCAUUCCAUCUACUCUACUAUCACACAACAGCUAGAGGGCCUGCAGAUUGGAAUUCUGGUGAACAACGUAGGUAUGAACUACAUAGGGGUUCUGGCAAAUUUUCUGGAUGUUCCUGAUCCAGACCAGAGAAUCACACAGGUGAUAAACUGUAACACACUGUCAGUCCCUCAGAUGUGCAGACUCGUUUUACCAAGCAUGCUUGAGAGGGGGAAAGGCCUCAUUAUAAACAUUUCAUCAGAAGCGGCAUUUCAGCCACAGCCAAUGCUGUCAGUGUAUUCUGCCACUAAGAUAUUUGUAACAUAUUUCUCUCGCUGUCUGCAUGCAGAAUACAGAGCGAAAGGAAUCACGGUUCAAUGUGUAACCCCGUUUGUGGUCUCCACUAAUAUGACUCAUAACAUGCCUGUGAAUCCACUGGUAAAAAGUGCUACUUCAUUUGCUAAAGAUGCCCUGAACACUGUGGGUUACACAACAUACACAAGCGGAUGUUUAACUCACGCACUGCAGCACAUUGCGCUGUCCGUCUUUUUCCCGGGCUGGCUGCGUCUCACAUCCUUUUGUGUGCAACACAUGGCAAAUUUCGCUCGUAGCGUUGAACCCAAAUUACGGGAGAGGAUGGCAGAGACAAAUAACAAACAGGAUUGACACAAAUUUAUGGACGGAGAUGGAAAGAUUUAUGGAGAUGAAAAGAUGGGGGAAAAAAAUGCAUACACGUACAAACAUACGUAGAAGUUAUAUUAACAAUAGAUAUUUUACUGCAGAACAAUUGCACACAAUCAUUUUUAUGUCAAGUUGGUUGAUCUGUUUCUGCGUAAAGGCUAACAUUCGUAUUUGCAUUGUGUAUUUGCAUCAUAAUCCAAAGUCUCAACCUAUGUACCCUACUCAUAGUUAAAUGACAUUGACACGUGCAUUUACAGCAGGAUCAAUUUAGAAAGGGUGAAUACAACUUUCUCUCCCUCAUUUGCACAUUACAGUAAUGUAUAUUUACACUACUGUUUAAAAGUUUGGGGUUGAAAGACUUUUCUAUUCAUAUUCCUUGAUCAGUGGAGAGUGCAAAAGAACAUAAUUUAUUAAUCAGAUUUUGUCAUUAAAAAAAAGACAUAUAUAUAUAUAUAUAUAUAUAUAUAUAUGAACGGGCAAUAUAUACAGCACCUUUACUUUACAGAAAGACAGAAGGAAGAACAAAUUAAUUUUAUUGUGGAUAUCCGUUCAGUUACAAAGAUGUAUUUUUCCCACUUGUUUUAUGUGAAUCAGAAUUUUUUUAAGAAGUGCAAUAUGAAAGAUGCGAUGCUUAUAGGUUUAGCUGACAACAAUUAACUGCAUCAUAUAAUAAAUGAUUAUACAGGCCUUUCAUGCAUUUGCACAAAAUUAAGGUUGAAUCACUUUAUGUCACAUGGACUACAUUAAAGAUGUCCCUACUGACCCUCUAGGCUUUUAACCACUUUAUAAUCAUUUGUUU